AAUUGGUUCGUCAUCAGGUCCCGCAGCUUCCCGCAAGGUCCGCUGAGUGAGUACGUAACCAAGUAACCAGACAGUUGACCCUCUAAUCACACUCUUUCCAUCUUCGCUCUGCACUCUUCAUUCCUUUUCCUUUAUUUUCCAUCAAAACGACAACGCAACAAGACCAAAAAUCAGCAUCCAUACCUUUCUUUAAGUCUCCUACCUUUCCAUGAAAAAUUAACCCUAUUUGCGCCCACUGCGUUCACGCAUACCCAAAGAUGCAGUUGAUUUCCAUCAUUUCCGCCACUGGCCUGGCGGCUCUAACCACUAACGCAUUCCUACUACCUCCUGACAUAUCUGACGCCGACAAUGACAUAGUCAGCACCCUUCCCGUCCCCGUUCCUGUUAUCGAAGGCCAUCCCGAAAUUCCCAAGACUGCUGAGGCCCAAACCUUGGAAGUCAAAUGUCCAGGUUGUCCUGUCCGCAUUCCUCACCAUUCCAGGGUCAAAGUUGUGCACGAUAUUCCAAGCCACAUCGAGCUGAACUUCAGCAUCAAGACUUCCGAUGGCGCCGAUCGCUUAAUGUUGAACGGCUUUGAACUCUACCCCAAAGUAGAUAUCUUCCAAGAAACCCUCACUGCCGAUGUUAUCCCCAACUUUGUGCACCGAGAAGCGAAACGACCAACACACUUCAAGGGUCCUCGACCUCAACUUACGCAGAACCUUGGCUUUGGUGUAGUAUCCCGGGUCGCUGCCACAAAUGCAGAUGAUCUUUUGGAAUUGGUCGAAAUCGAAUUCCGCAUUAUUGAAGUGGGAGGUGACUUCUUCAACAACCUUCCGAAAGUCCAGAUCAAGCUUGUGAAGACUCCUACCGGGAAACUGAUGAUGGCUGGGCUCGAGGCUCUUGAGUCAGAGACGACAGCAACUAUCCAAAGCAAUCCUAUGGAUAAGCAGGAAGAAUGCACCACUCUACUCUGCAAAUGGAGAUCCAUCGUGUCACAGAAGCUCUCCGGUCUCCGCUUCCACAAGGGUUGUGGCGGCCGUCAUCGUCAUUCAAAGGGCCAGGGACACGACCAUACCAAAUCUGAAGAUUGGAAAUCGAAGCCCUUGACUGCCUCUCAAUGGGACGGUCACCGUGAACACCAUCAGAAGAACUGGGGCUUGCUUUUUAAGAACAUUGCCUCACACAUUCUCCUACCUGUUGCAAUUGGUAUCCUGGCCGGUAUCACAGCUAGCGUCUUUGGUAUGUUGGUCGGUACCUUUGUAGUGUUCCUCUGGCGAUCAGUCCGAGGACGCAGCUCCCGUCGACACCACAGACAUAGCCAUCACCACAAGGCUUCUCAAGAUGAGGUCGCUCUCGACGAAGAGAAGUCAGGUCUCAUGGCCCAUGAAGAAGAAGUUGACGUUCCGCCGGCUUACAUCGAGGAGGGGAUUGAAGUCCUAGAUGAUAAGAAGACGGAGAAUGAAGUCUAAAAGUGAUGUUCCCACUAUUGACCGGCGCGUUUCAACAUACCCACCGAGCAUCUCUGGACAUAUUUGAGACGGGCUAGUAAACCAAAGUGACUAUAAGGGUGUAUGGGCGUUCACAAUUUGAUUGGGCAGUGAAGGUUAAGGAUGGCAAGUUUGCUCAGAGAUAGAAAAAUAGCAAGGACAGAAGGAUAUGCCAUGUACGGCACCGUUGGGAACUACUCUCCUUUCGAUCCUAUUUUCCUUUCUCGGUUGUAACAUAUAUGUUAGCUGGCGGAAUACCCACGUUCCUUUUCUUAAAUCAAUAUUCGUAUAAGUACUCACCAGCCUGUUUUCGAUCGUAAUUAGUUGAUGUUGCCACCAUGCUUGUAACAAUGGGGUUAUUUGAAGGAGCCCACCUUUCACUAGUAUCUACCUAGUAGGCACUAACAGAUCACAUACCCGUACCUAGAUGUGUACCUAGUUUGAACUCUUUAAUGGCAC